AAACCAAACAGAAUCCUCAAAACACUCCCAUCAAACACACAAACAUCUUAUGUAAAAGAAAAUCUUGAUCAAAUCAUUCUCACUUUACAUUCAAGUCAACAUCUUUGUGUGUUAAAUAAGUCAUUUCUAUCUGGUUUUGCUUGAUACCCACAUCAUUAAAUAUACUAUUAACUGUGUAUAUUACAUAUAUACAUAUGCAUACAUAAGAUAUAAUAAUAAAAAAGGUAUAUAGAUAUAUUUAUAAAUAUUAUUUAUACAUGGGUGUUGAAGGACAGUGUAACAAAGCAGUUGAAGAUCAAGAACCAAAACCUGUUGAGGAAGAAACAGAACAAAAUAUGGCUAAAGAUUCUACUACUACUGCUAUUUCUUUAUCUGAACCUGUUCCCUCUUGGUUUACUCCUAAAAGGUUGCUUGUGAUAUUUUGUGUGAUCAAUAUGGUCAAUUAUGUGGACCGAGGAGCGAUUGCAAGCAAUGGUGUAAAUGGGAGUCCCCGAGUUUGCAACAAAAGUGGUGUAUGUUCGCAGGGUAGUGGAAUUCAGGGUGAUUUCAAUUUAAGUAAUUUCAAAGAUGGUGUUAUUUCUUCCGCUUUCAUGGUUGGACUUCUUGUGGCUUCUCCGAUAUUUGCAUCAUUGGCCAAGAGUAUCAAUCCGUUUAGGCUGAUUGGAGUUGGAUUGUCGGUUUGGACUUUUGCAGCAGCUGGCUGUGGACUUUCAAUUGAUUUUUGGUCCAUCACCGUAUGCAGAAUGCUAGUUGGUGUUGGUGAGGCUUCUUUCAUUAGUCUUGCGGCUCCAUUUAUUGACGAUAAUGCCCCCAUAACUCAGAGAACUGCUUGGCUGGGAAUAUUCUACAUGUGCAUUCCAACUGGUGUUGCCCUUGGUUAUGUUUAUGGUGGAUGGGUUGGUGAUGGUUUUGGUUGGCGCUAUGCAUUUUUUGGUGAGGCAAUUCUGAUGCUGCCAUUUGCUAUUUUGGGUUUUGUAAUGAAACCCUUGCAAAUGAAAGGUUUCUCUCCGGCUGGGUCCAAAAGUUCAUUGACGACUCCUGACACGAAUGUAGUAGAAGUCGAAGUUAUUACAACCGAUAAUGAUGUCGCAAUAUCAAAGUAUAGCUCAAAGGAAGCUUCCAGGUUUGUUAUCGAACAGAUAAAUCUAAAAAUCUGUGACUUCACUGUUAUAAGCCGGUUUUCAUUGGUAAUAUAUCUUUAUUGCAGAUCUGCUUUGUCUAGAUUUUGGCAAGAUUUAAAAGUUCUUCUGGUUGAGAAGAUAUAUGUCGUCAACGUUAUAGGUUAUAUUGCAUACAAUUUUGUCAUUGGUGCAUAUUCAUACUGGGGACCAAAGGCUGGUUAUAGCAUAUAUCAUAUGAGCAAUGCUGAUCUGUUAUUUGGAGGAAUAACGAUUGUGGGUGGAAUUGUGGGAACAUUAGCAGGAGGGUUUAUCCUAGAUCGAAUGAACUCCACAAUCCCGAAUGCUUUCAAGCUUCUUUCCACUGCAACUUUCUUUGGUGCAAUAUUUUGCUUCAGUGCAUUUUGUUUCAAGAACUUGUAUGCUUUUAUAGUUUUCUUUCUGAUCGGGGAGAUAUUUGUAUUUGCCACUCAGGGGCCUGUUAAUUUUGUGUGUCUCCAUGCUGUAAAACCAAGCUUGAGACCAUUGUCUAUGGCUAUGUCAACCGUGUCUAUUCAUGUCUUUGGUGACGUGCCCUCCUCUCCUCUUGUUGGAGUUAUCCAGGACAACAUUAACAAUUGGAGGACGUCCGCUUUAAUCUUAACAUCAAUACUCUUUUUGGCAUCUGGAAUAUGGUUUAUAGGUAUAUUUCUUCACGGUGUGGACAGAUACAAUGAAGAUAGUGAAAAUCCAGAUGUAAAUGUUGAACGAUUAAAUAUGACACCAUUGCUCGAGGACAAGACAGCCGAGGCAACCUCUAGUUCUACUCAACUGUGAACUUAAUUUGAUCUUUAUCGGAGGUCUUAAAUAUAUUUCUUUAACAAGUAACAAAUGUACAGCCUCACCAGCUAGUUUUUUUUCA